GUAUUUGUACGUGAGACCAUAUCGUAGUAUAUCGGUGUACGUGCGUUACAGUGCGCUCAGAUCUAUUAGUUGAACUUGGUGAUAUAAAUAGUAACAGCUUUCAAAAAGGAUUCCAAAACAUUUAGAUUAAAUAACUUAUUGUUCAUAACACGGUACACAUUAGUGUGUUCUUUUGAAACGGAAGAAAAAUCAAUAAAGUUAACAAUGUGAGUAGGUUUACCAAAAAUGGAAAAUGGUAAAUGGUUAAUGGUAAAUUUGAAUAAAAUUUUGAAAUUGAUCGUAAUAAAUACAAAUAUAAAUUCAAGUUUGUUAUUCCCUUAAGUCAUAUUCAUUAACUGUAUUGUAAAACAUACAAAGCUGCGAAAAGAAGAAAAGUGAAGUACCCGAGGUAGGUAUAUGUUAUGCAAAUUUUAUACCCCCCGUUUGUAUAAGUUCAAAAAAAAUAAUUAGAAAAACAAUCCCAAUAAAGUAUGAUAAGUUCGAACAAUCAGCCAAGUACACUCCACGUGUUUGCAACUAGUCAAACGCAGUGCACUGUAUAAAUAAGCCAGUGCGCAUGUAUAUACACAUGACAGUGGUUAUACAUAGUUCUUGUUCGGCAGCCGAGCAGUGAAGACCUACUUUUAUGCACUGGACGCCUCAAUCUUCAAAUUUUCGCUGUGGAAAAAGAGGCAUGGUUGGAGCUCAGAAUUUCCACAGAAUAACACUAGUAUAAGAAAAAGAAAGUUGUGUAAAAAGGCGUGUAAUUGAUGCAACGGAGUGGCAUUGUUUAUUUUAUCGGCAAAUUCGUUUGAAUGGAGGAAAAACUCCAUGCUAAAAAGGACAUUUUAAAGCUUCAUUCCCAAGUGCCAAACUUGCUUUUAAUUUGUACUAGCUUUGAAGACAACAACGCAGUAAAGUGUAGUGGACAAAGAUUAAUAAAACAAAACUCAGUUUCCCAGUGCUCGAUGUCUCGGUCGUAAUCUAGAGUCACACAUAAUUUUCCACAUUUAGUGCUGGGCUGGUGUGUAGUGUAGUUGGGCAGUGGAAAAGAAGUGAAUUAAAAGCAUUCGUCGAUUGUAUCACCACACGCAUUGCGCACGCUGUGCCCGGUAUAAUUUUGCACACACAGGUCAGGAAGAAAAAUUAACGCUCUAAUCACCACACUGUCUCGACAGUUCGUUUAGCGCCAGGCAGCCAGCCAACCAACCAGCCAGGCAGUGUGUCCCGGAGAAACUUAAAGUACCGCCAGAACGCUUAGUGCAGCACCAUUGCUUCCACCAGUGUGGGGUAUGAAAACGCGCAAAAAUCAAUAAUCAACCCUCCCUCUGGGAUAGGCAGUAGCGUUAUUUGUGUAUGCGUGUGUUUGUGUUGCUUUUUUGCCUUAUUGACUUGCCAACAGUUAAGCGGUAACGUUGUGAAAUUAAUAGUUCCAUGCCAGAGAGCCUUAUUGCCAGUAGCAGCAGGCAGGGUCAAGGAUUAGUGGCAGUAACAGUAAGUGAAAAAGAACACACCCUAGAAAGCAUACCGUGCUGCCGCAUCUUACACCGGAAUGUCAUCAACAUCGGCCGAAAAGACAUUCGUUGCUAAAGGAAACGAAGGUACCACCGACAAGCCACCUGCCACGCUUGAUCCAAGUGUGCCGAAGAAAAUUAUCAGCGCCAUACCAAAGCAAAGACAACAAUUGCUCAAAUGGAACGGUUGGGGCUACAAGGACUCGCGCUUUCUCUAUCAGGAUGGAACGAUCGUUUUCACUGGCGAUAGAUACCCAAUCGGAGGAAAAGUUUCGCUGCCACACUUCCGUGACUAUGUGAUCGAAAACUUCAACGUUGAUCUUUCCGAUCGACGCGAGGGUGUGCCGGUACCGAACGAAUUUCCCGCCCCGAUACCUUGCCCGGAGUUUCUGCAAGAUGUACGGCGACACGGUAUCGAUUGUACGCAGAACGGUGAAGAUCGGUUGAUCCGAUGCCAUGGGCAAACGUUGCACGACGUGCACAUGAUGCGCACGGGUACGUUCAAACGUAUCCCGGAUGUGGUACUGUUUCCAACGUCUCACGAGCAGGUAGAACGAAUUGUCCACAUCGCCAACAGGUACAAUGUGGUGCUCAUACCGUACGGUGGCGGUACUUCCGUGUCCGGUUCGGUAACCUGUCCGGAAGGUGAGACACGCCCGAUUGCAGCGCUCGAUACAUCCCAGAUGAAUCGGAUGCUGUGGAUCGAUCGGCCGAACCUGGUGGCCUGCUUCGAGGCAGGUAUCGUUGGGCAGGACCUCGAGCGGGAAUUGCGUCAGCUCGGUUUUACCGUCGGUCACGAACCGGACAGUUACGAGUUUUCCACGCUCGGCGGAUGGGUGGCGACACGGGCCUCCGGUAUGAAGAAGAACGUGUACGGUAACAUCGAGGAUCUGUUGGUGCGUGUAAAAAUGGUAACCAGCAAGGGUGUGUUGGAACGCAGCUUAGCAGUACCGCGUGUAUCCUGUGGGCCUGACUUUAACCAUCUCGUGCUCGGCUCGGAAGGCACGUUAGGCGUCAUCACGGAGGUGGUCAUAAAGAUACGUCCACUACCACAGGUUAAGCGGUACGGUUCGCUCGUCUUUCCCGACUUCGGUUCCGGUGUUCGGUGUUUGCGCGAGGUUGCCCGGGAGCGUCUACAACCGGCCAGCAUACGACUGAUCGAUAACGAACAGUUCGUGUUUGGACAGGCGCUUAAAAUACCGGGCGGCCCAUUUGCAACGGCUGCCGAAAAGCUGAAGAAGGUGUAUCUAACGCGCGUGAAACGGUUACAGUUGGAUCGUAUCGCAAUCGCGACACUGCUGUUCGAAGGCCACGACGACCAGGUGAAGCAACACGAGGCGAAGAUCUUCGCCAUCGCCAAACGUCACGGUGGUUUCUCGGCCGGUAGCAGCAACGGUGAAAAGGGUUACAUUCUCACCUUCGUCAUCGCGUAUAUCAGGGACCUGGCCUUGGACUACAGCAUCGUGGCCGAAUCGUUCGAAACCUCCGUCUCGUGGGAUCGUUGCGAAGCACUUUGUACCAACGUAAAAAGCUGCGUCCGAAAGGAAUGUGCCAAACACAACAUUCAACACUACCUCAUCUCGUGCCGGGUGACACAAACGUACGAUGCCGGUGCAUGUGUGUACUUUUACUUCGGCUUUAACCAUGCCGGCUUCGCGAACCCCGUUACCAUCUAUGAGGAAAUCGAGAACAAGGCUCGGGAUGAAAUCCUUGCAUCCGGUGGUUCCAUCUCGCAUCAUCACGGUGUCGGCAAGAUUCGAUCCCGGUGGUACCCGCAGAGCGUAUCUGAUGUGGGCGUACAGCUCUACAAAGCCACCAAGCGAGAGCUGGAUCCAAACAACAUCUUUGCUGCCGGAAAUCUAAUCCCGGCCGAAUUGCGCGAUGAUCCCGAACCCGUCAGCCUGAAGGCGAAACUGUAAAAACGCACACGCGUCCAGGCAGCCAGACCUUGACAAAAUCGCCUCACCGAACACGUUUAACAUGCAUGAUAAUAAUAGCAACACGAAAACAAGAAAGCAAAAGCAAAUAUUUGUUCCACCGCUUCACAGGACAGAAGUGGUACAACGUGCAAACGGCCAUUGUUGCUCGGUCACGAUCACUUCCGUCCCAUUGCCGGAAGCAUGUGUUCGUCGCUUUCGUUACGUUCUGCGUUACGAGUGAAGGGUCAUAUUGUCCUUCUGUCCCUCCCCAAUGAGGCAGCAUCUAGUUAACAAACAUUCCAUGCCAAACCCUCCCCGUAGUGGCUUGCUAAAUCUAGUAAAUUUAUGUUCCCAUGUUAAAUGGUGUUUUGUUUUGCUUAUUUUUAUAAAAAAAAAAUGCUGAUAGUAUGAAUUUUAUGGUGCAACAGUUAGAUUAUAGUAUGAAUUACUGUGUGAAUAAUUUUGCUAGCGCAAUUUUCCAUGUACUAUGCGGAAACGGUUUUUUCCAUAACAAAACAAAAAACUUCACUUUGUGUUGCGAAUUGAGAAACAAUAAAAUCUAAUAUAAAUUUACAUCAUACAA